CCGCCUCUCCUCGGUGCUCUGAGCCCGGGUUCUGCUGCUGUGAUGACGGGAAGUAUUUUUGAAACGAGUCGCUCUGCCUCCUUGGUCCGCCCUCCUCCUCCUCCUCCUCUUCCUCCUCCUCCCCGCCCCCCCAUGUCAUGACCAUGGGCGGAUCAGGAGAAAACCAGGCCCCGGGCGCAGACGUGGAAAAGGGCCCCCCCAGCAUUCAGGCGCUGGACACCCCAACAGAAAGAGACAAAGUCACAUCAGAAGGAUAAAAAAAGAGGGAAGUCCCGCUCAGCGUCAUGUUUGUGCUGUGGGGUCAAUGAUGUGCUGCUCAACACAAGUGACGCAAACACAGCAGAUAAAAACGCGUCUGACAGAAAUCUGUGCAGAGGUGAUCUGGUUGUAACGCAGCAGAGACGAGAUCAUACGUUCAGCUCAGAGAAGAAGGUUUGACGUGGAAGCUGUCUGAGGAUGUGGAGGCUGUUUCUCCAGCUGGUUACCAUCUGUGUGUUCCUGCAGAUGCCAGCGUGUUUCCCAUCAUGCCUCAUCAUUGGCUCUGUAGCAAACUGCGCCUUGAAGAACCUCAAAUCAGUUCCUGCUCUCCCUCCUCACAUCACCCACCUGUUCCUGGAGAUGAACCACAUCGGGGAGAUUAACUCCACCUCCCUGUCGGGCCUCGAGCGGCUGCAGCAGCUGGACCUGGGACGACAGUUUGUGCCGCUUUUGAUCAGAAACAACGCCUUCGGCAGACAGAGUCGCCUGAGGAAGCUGAUGAUCGACUCCAACGUCGGCCUUCAACUGGAGCCCGAGGCCUUCGUGGGACUGUCCAGUUUACAGAAGCUCGACCUGGGUUACUGCUCGCUCAAUGAGUCCAUACUGAAGGAAAACUUUCUGCAGCCGCUGUCCUCUCUGGAGACUCUGGACCUCUUUGGAAACCACAUAAAGAGACUCCAGCCUUCUGCGUUCUUUGCCAACAUGAGUAAUUUGAAAGAUGUGAAUCUCAAACUGAACAGAAUCGAUCGAAUAUGUGAAUCAGAUCUGGUGGGUUUCCAGGGGAAGCACUUCAAGGCCCUGAACUUGGACUCUGUUCACCUCAGAGCGAUGUUUACUGACAGAUUUGACUGGCAGGAAUGUGGGAACCCUUUCAGGGGAAUGUCCUUCCAGACACUCGACUUGUCCCACAACGGGUUCAACGUGAACAGGUCGAGACAGUUUCUCAGAGCCAUAGAGGGGACGAAGAUCUCCCACCUCAAACUGUCAGGACACAUGGGUAGAAGCUUUUCAUUCAAGAAUCUCCCCGAUCCGGAUCGCAGCACGUUCGCCGGCCUGAGGAACAGUUCGGUCCUCACUUUGGAUCUGUCUAAAAGCUGGAUAUUUGCUCUGCAGCAGGGGGUCUUCAGUCCACUGAGAGACGUGGUGAAUAUUGACGUUUCCCAAAACAGAGUGAAUCAGAUCAACAGAAAUGCCUUCGAAGGUCUUCAGGGUCAUUUAGCUUCACUCAACCUGUCGCACAAUCUGCUCGGGGAAAUCUACUCUCACACGUUUGCUUCUCUGUCGAACCUGCGAGUGUUGGACUUGUCUUACAAUCACAUCGGUGCUCUGGGUUACGGUGCGUUCCGUGGACUUCCCAAGCUGGAAGUGUUGAGUCUGACAGGGAACGCUCUGCGGGAGUUAGGUUUCCCUGCAGCGCUGCCACGUUUAGAUCAUCUCCUGUUGAGUGACAACCGGUUGAUACACUCAUCAGUGAGGAGUAUCACUGAGUUUGCCCAUAAUGUUGUGCAUUUGGACAUUAAGGACAAUAGAUUCAUAAACUUAGCAAAUGUUUACACCUUUUUGACUCGGCUGAAACGCCUGCAGCAGCUCUCCUAUGGAGGAAACUCAUUCAGAGGGUGUACGCUCAGUGCACAAGUUGGUCCCAAUGAUCUCCAGGUGCUGGACCUUCACAGGAGCUCCCUGCAGUCGGUCUGGGCUCAGGGCGAAUGUCUGAAUCUCUUUGACAAACUCGGACGAGUGAUCGACAUCAACUUGAGCUUGAAUGCUCUGCGAUCUCUUCCCCAAGGAAUCUUCAAGGGUCUCACCUCAGUAGUCCAGAUGGACCUCUCGUCCAACUCCUUGACGUAUCUCCGCCCGGACGUGUUACCCAGAACUCUGGAAGUGCUCGACCUUUCCAACAACUUCAUAGCCUCCCCUGACCCCGACGCUUUCCGCUCCCUCCGCCUCCUCGACCUGAAAAUGAACCGAUUCCACUGCGACGUCGACCUGAAGAGUUUUGUGACGUGGCUGAACAAGACCAACGUGACCUUCCUGAGUCCGGUUCAGGAGCUCAGGUGUGAGUUUCCCUCUCGUUUUAAUAAGGUUCCUCUGUUGAAUUACAUUGCUCAAGUCACACAGGAGUAAAAGUACUGCGAACAGUGUCCAUCAGAGUAUUAACGUUGUUGUAUAAGAAGUGUAGUCGUAUAUUACCCACUGCAAGAUCCAUAGUGUCAGGGAUGUGAAAUCUAAGAAUAAAUUCCCUGUAAUGUCUUGAAAUUGUAAUAUGAGUAAAACCUUUAAAAGAAAAUGUAAUAAAUAUUAUUAUAAAU